AUGUGCAUUCUGGAUAGCGCGACGGCAGCCGUGAUGGAACUUGCAACCACAAAGCCUACGCAGGGCUGGCAAGAUGUUGUGACUAAAAAGAGACAGGUUCGGGCAGAAGCUAUCGCCGCACAAGCACAAGAAGGAAAGGAUGCAAGAUUUGCUGACAUCACGAGCAUUGGGGACGCUGCAGGGCUCUCAUUAAUGAUAUCGCGUGGCGAAGUCUCGUGGGAGAAUGUGGUUAAGGCGUACAUCCAAAGAGCUAUCGAAGCACAUGAGAAAACCAACUGCUUGACGGAGAUACUCUUCGAAGAUGCGUUGCUACGUGCCAGAGAACUGGGCGCUUAUAUGGCUAAGCAUGGCAAGCCUCUUGGUCCAUUCCACGGCGUUCCAAUGACACUCAAAGACCAGUUCAAUGUUCAAGGUUUUGACUCGACCCUUGGUUAUGUCGGAAGAUCAUUCAAGCCAGCUGUAGAAGAUGCUGUGGUUGUGAAAGUUCUACGGUCUCUGGGUGCCGUCAUAAUUGCCAAGUCUAAUAUUCCGCAGAGCAUCAUGUGGUGUGAGACAGAGAAUCCUUUAUGGGGUCUCACGACCAAUCCUCUGAGUGACAAAUACACUCCCGGCGGCUCAACAGGUGGCGAGGCAGCCCUGCUUGCUUGCAAUGCUUCGGUUCUAGGAUUCGGAACAGACAUUGGAGGGAGCAUUCGCAUUCCGUCGCAUAUGAUGGGGCUGUAUGGGUUCAAACCCAGUAGUGGACGUUUGCCCUACAGGGGCGUCCCGGUCUCCACAGAGAGACAGGAACAUAUCCCAUCGGCUGUUGGCCCGAUGGCUCGCAGCCUCAACACUAUUCAUCUAACAAUGAAGCACCUCGUCGAAGCCAAGCCAUUGGAGUUGGAUGCUCGCUGCGCACAGAAUCCUUGGCGAGACAAUGUAUACACAGAAACGUUGUCCAAGGCCCUGACUAUUGGUGUUCUGUAUGAUGAUGGCGUUGUCCGCCCUCACCCGCCCUUGUCCCGUGUUCUUAGUGCCGCGGUAGAGACUCUGAAAGCAGAGGGCCAUGAACCUCUGGAAUGGAACGCUGACCUACACGGUGAGUGUAUAAGGAUCAUGGACCACUAUUACACAGCAGACGGUUGUGAGGACAUCAGAAAAGACAUGGAAGUCGGGGGUGGGCCGUUUAUUCCCCAUGUGGACAUGCUUAUCAAGCGCGGCGAGCCCAUUUCUGUAUACGAAUACUGGCAGCUAAACCAACGCAAGUGGGAGUUACAGCAGAGAUGCCUUGAAAAGUGGCAGUCUAUCCGAUCAGCCAAGACGGGUCGCACGGCUGACAUUCUUCUCUUGCCACCCAUGCCGCACGCGGCGGUGCCACAUGGCGGGUGUCGCUGGGUUGGAUACACAAAAGUGUGGAACUUUCUCGACUAUCCGGCGCUAGUCAUCCCUGGGGGACAGGUCUGUCGGCAGGACGUUGACCAGCCUUGGGAUAUGGAAGCAAGAGGCGCCCAAGACGAGUGGAAUAGCAGCCUAUUGACAUGUCAUAGGGAAGAGAUGGCUGCCCUUGGUCUGCCGGUGGGGUUGCAGAUCGUUGGCCGGAAGCUGGAGGAAGAGGUGGUGCUAGCCGCUGGGAAGACGAUAGACGAUGCUCUGCGAUGCAGAAGCGGAGCCUCACAGUAA